AUGGCAGCUCCAACAUGUUUGAACAUUUGUUUUAUGGUUUUGCUAAGCUUAGCAAUAUGCUCUGCCCAGCCUAUUGAAGUUGAUCAUCAUCACAACCACAAAGCUCACGCUUUGAGUAAUAUCGGAGGAGGCAGUGAUGGCGGAUUAGGCAUUGGUGGUGGUGGAGGUGGAUUUGGCAUUGGCUUUGGUGUUGGUGUUGGCGUUGGUGGUGGAAGAUUUGGGUUUGGCAUUGGUGGAGGUGUCCCUGGUUAUAUACCUGGCUUUGAUUUCCCAGUCUAUUCCCCUGAUUGUGGUUAUGUGUGUCUUGUUAAUAAUCCUAGUGGAGAAGUCACAGAAUUCAAAAUCUCAGGAUUAUCACACUUCACCAAACCAUACAGAUGCAAACCAGGACCAAACAUGCGCGGAGACAAAGAUUUUAACCAUGAACUUCUUCUAAACUUUGUUUCUACAAUGCUGGACAAACAACAACAUCUACACAGUGGAGAUGUAGGUCACCAUGUAGGGGGAGCUAGACGUUUAGGAUUUGGUCGUGGAAGUAGCAGAGGAACAGGUGGUUCUGAUACCUCUGAUCAGUAUGCUACUGAGGACCCCGGUUGGAGUAUUGAGGGAUGUGGUUAUGUAUGUCCAGGCAACAGUCCUAGUGGAGGACUCACUGAAUUCCAUAUCUCAGGAAUAUCACAUUUCAGUGAACCUUACAGAUGUAGCCCAGAUGUAUGUGACACUGAAGAAUGUGGUGAGUUUCUUCUACGCUUUGUUUCUCCAAUGCAUAACAAACACGAGAACCAACAUGGUCAUCAGUCAGAGCAGCAAGACAAGCAUGAGAACAAACACGGUCAUCAGUUAGACCAGCACGACACACAUGAGAACCAACAUGGUCAUCAAUCAGAGAAGCAAGAGGAAGAUAUCACAAACAAUAUCCCCGACCCACCCACACCCCAAUCCUGA